UUAAUCUUAUGAAUUUGAUGCUGCUGUCAGCUGCCAAAUUAAACAUUUUUAUAAUUAUAUACCUCAAAGAAAUCAAAAAAAAAACUAAACUAUGCAACAUGGAUUCUCACAAUCUCAUCAUCACACGAAGCGGUCGAGUAGUACGUUCACCUGCACAGAUUGAUCGCGAGGAAAGCAGGGAGCAAUGUGUGGUAAAUAAAGACGAGGGGACUCUUGAUAACAUGGGAUCUGGAAUUAGUCAAAAAGAGCAGUCGAGAUUUCGUAAACUCAUCUAUCUGGAUUUAAGUGAACCUGCGGCCAUCGUAUACCAUGAACCAGCAGCUGCUGCUGUAGUUGAUGAAGAUGUUGAGCUGAAAAGAUGCUUGGACAAGUUUUUGGGAUUAGCCGAUGCGCGCCGUCCACUAUAUAAUUCGAGGGAAUCUCUUGAGGCAAUGGAAGAGUCUGCGCACACUGAUCUAUGGCCUACCAACGCAGUGCAGCCAGAGCCAGGGCCAGAGCCAGAGCCAAAGACAUGGCGUCAGCAGCUGCCACGAGUGGAGCUGGUGCUAUUUAAAUUGCUGAAGCAGAAACUAUUUGAAGACAAUGUGCUGCGCAUCAAUGCCAACUACUUUGAGCAGCAAACGCCGCAGCAGCUCAAGGAGCCCAUCGAAUUGAGCGCCCUGCCCAGCGAGGCGGAACGGACCCGUAUUUGCUGCUGGCACAAGAGACUGGUGCAACAAAUCCUGGAGCAGCAGCUGCACUACUAUAGCUUCCUGAGCUCGCUAAGUCCGGACACGCCCCUUGCCCUGUGUCAUCCAUUUGCGCUCAGCUAUCGCCAGGAGAGCUUUGACAGCUGUAAAGCGCGAUUGGCCAAGUCUUUGUUUAGCCUGUUUAACCAUGUGAUUUUCUAUUGUGGCCUGCGGCAGUGCAUCGAGUGGCAGCAGAACAGGAAGCAGCCCAGCAGCUGUGUCCUUAGCCUUGCGGCUGAUAGGCAGCGUCGCGCACGCUUUCAGCUCUCGGCAAAUAUUCGAGAGUCCAGCAUGCUUAUUGAGACGCUGCUGCAUCAGAUGUGCCACGCGGCUGCAUAUAUAUACAAUGGUGAAACUGCACAUGGCCACAACACGCAGAAGUGGGCCUAUCGCGCCAAGUCCUUGCUGCCGCAGCUGCCUCUGCUAGCUGACUGCACGGCUUGCUAUAAGUACAGCUGCGUCCUGUGCCGCCGCAGCUCCUAUGGCAACAUUCGGUUUCAGGGUAAGCGAAGGCUGCUGCGCUGCUACCACUGCCAAUUCGAGCUGGUCGUGAGUGCCUGCAGCGUUAACAGUACACACGAGCUGCCGCUUGGCGUACAGCAGGAGACGUCCCACAUGAUCUUCAUACGCGCCCACUACUUGAAGUGUGAACAGAGCGGGCACAGCUCCAAGAUGCGCGCACUCAAUGCGCAGUACAUCCAAAUGUAUAAACUGUAAAGGGCAUGGCCUUAACAAUUUUUAUAAACUUUUAUUAUUUAUUUAUUUUAUUUAUUUAAAA